AUGGACGUUCGAAUUACUAGUUCAGUCAUCUCAAUACCAGUCCCGAGCACGAGCCGGGAAUGCUACACGGGGAUCGUGUACUGUCAUAAUCAGAAGGCAGUUGGAGUUGAUUUAUCUCCGCAGACGGCCGCGUUCCAGCCAGUGCGAAUAUUCGGAAAGGGCUUAGCAAAACCCGGCCGGGUGUAUCUGUUUGCAACCCACGACUGUGACGACGAGCUGGUCAAGCGGGCCCAGUGGCUGCUGGAGAAACUAAGUUACCCCUGGGAGAUGAUGCCCCUGAUGUACGUCAUACUGAAGAGCGCCGAUGGCGAUGUACAAAAAGCGCACCAGCGAAUCGACGAAGUGUGCGUGGAUAAAGCGAAAUCCAAAAUAAGAUGCAAUUGUUUCGGAGUACAAAAGUUAAAAGUUAUAGGAAGCCAUACGCACGCCGUACCACACACAGCCACAACCACAAAGACACUACUGGACAUCUCCAAUCAAACAAAAAAAAAACCUUCUCUACAAUCAAUUAAUACGAAAAAAGCCAAGCGAUCGAUCAAGACGUACGAGCUGGUGAAGUCGUCCCUCGACCGCAACCACAGCGACCGGCUGACGGAGGAGGACGACGAGGACGAGAACAUCUCGGUGACGAACCACACCAACUCCACCGGUCGCUCGCGGUCGAGUUCGCGGUCCCGGUCGCGGUCCUGCUCGCGCCACGUCGAAACCCCGCGAGCCGACGAGCGGGCGCUCAAUCUUGACACCAAAUACAAACCCGCCAGCACCAGCGCCAGCAGCCGGGAGGACGACCGGGAGCCGCUGGCGUUCGACGAGGGGUCUACGGUGAUCUCACACGGUCGGCCCGCGAGCAGCCAUCAGCAUCACCAUCACCACCUGCAUCAGCAUCAUCAUCAUCCCGCCAAGUACAGCCAGACGGAGGAGGUGGAUCAUCAGCCGAGCAGCAAUUCGCCCGUUUCGGUGGAGGAACCGACCACCGUGUACGACGUGGUGGUAGAGACCGGUGGUAAGCGGGCACGGGCCAGGCUCAGUCCGGCGCAGGAAGCGGAACAGAAGUCUCCGGCACCCGAGACGACCCAACACUACGAGGCGUACCUGGAUUCGGUGCGGCGGAGUAAAAAGAGCGCCACGGCUAAGGAACCCACCGACACGCAGGACGCGACCGCCGGGGAAAGCUACGAGAAGGAGAAGGAGAUGCGCAUCCCGUACUCGCUCCCGAAGAGCACCUUCGACCGGUUGGACCUGCUGAAGAAACCGAAUGGGCUCAACCUUCCCGCGCUCUACAAGUACAAUGCUAUCGAUAACAACUUCGCCUUUCCGUUGUUGCUACCGGGCCUGGGGGCGGCCAAUAGGACGCUCUACCCUACGCCGUUUUCCGCCCAGCUCCUACCGUCCACCCUCUAUCAGUCCGUCAGCAGCGAGUCCACGACUAUACCGAUGUUCCAAACGCACUUUCUCGGCUACCAGCCACCGCUACAGCUGCCCGAACACUUCUACCGGAGUAAGGAGCAACAGCAGCAGCUGGAGCAGCAGCAGCAGCAGCAGCAACAGCAACAGCUGCAGGCUCUGGAACCAAAGGAACCGACGUCGACGGACUCGACCAGCCCACCGAAGGCGACGCUGUUCUACGCCACUACGGUAGACAACUCGAUCGCUUCCCAGCAGGCUUCUAUUGCUACAAUCCUCUAA